CUGCAGAUAAAACCGAACAUCUCCAAAACUGUCAAAACUACACCGAAACCUACUGAGAAUCUUGAAAAGUCCACUGCGUCAACUUCUAGUGAGGCUGCGCCUGUAGAAGCAACUGAAGCCGUGGAAGAACCUGCCAGUGUUGCUGACGCACCUUCUGUUGAAGAAAUAACGGCUGUACCCAGGUCAUUAGCCGACUUCGUUCAAGAUCUAGACGGUCCUUCUGAAUCUGCUCCACCACAGCCUCCAAAAGAGCCUGUCAAAGAAUUUGAAGUGAACUACGUGGAUUUACUUGCUCCAGAGAGAAGAAUUGCUCAGUAA